AUGUCGGGAGGGCAAGACCCACUGGCCUACGGUCGCUAUUACGACGGUCGCGAUGGCGAAGCAGAAGGUCAACGAGGACUGAGCGACUCAGCGCGAGGAUUUUUGUCAGAUGGAUUGAAGAAAUUCAAGGAUCAAUACGGGACAGGUCACGGUGGACAAGGACAGCAGCAGCAGCAGAGCUAUUACUCUGGGUCGGCCACGGCGCAGCCGCCGUCGUACCAAAGCGGCAGCUACAACCAGCAACAACAACAACAACCACCUUCCACCAGACCACACAAGCAGGACAAACUCUCCAGCUUCCUUGACAAAUUCGAAGAAACUGUCUCUGGCGUGGGCUCGCAGCUAGCCCAGAAGAUCGGAACGACCAUCGAUGCCGACGCCUAUGCCGGCUACGGAUCAAGCAGUAAUGCCAACUCCAGGAAUCGCUUCGGCAGCUUUGCGCCGGCGCGGGAGGCCAACGACGUCAAAUGGCACGUCGAUGGCUUCACCUAUUUCUGGGCUGUUUCGAGGGCACUCGAGACUGCCAGAGACUCGGUCUGGAUUCUGGACUGGUGGCUUUCGCCAGAGCUAUAUCUACGACGUCCUCCGGCCAAGAACGAACAGUAUCGUCUUGACCGCAUGCUGCAAGCCGCUGCCCAACGCGGCGUCCGAGUGAACAUUAUUGUCUAUAAGGAGGUUGAGGCGGCUCUAUCAUUGAGCUCUGCUCAUACAAAACAAACACUUGAAGCCCUGCAUCCUAAUAUCGCUGUAUUCCGUCACCCGGACCAUAUUCCAGACGUCGCCGACAUCAAGAACUCUCUGACAGCCUCGUUCCACAACUUGUCCCUGGAUGCGGCAGGAAUCAAUAAGCUACCCGGCGAAUCACUCAAAGCACUCUACGGUAGCAAGGGCGACACAGUUCUAUACUGGGCUCACCACGAGAAGUUAUGUCUGAUCGACGGCAAAAUUGCGUUCAUGGGUGGACUUGACCUUUGCUUCGGACGAUGGGAUACGAACCAGCAUUCUAUCUCCGACGUUCAUCCUAGCGAUCUCUCCCAAAUUGUCUUCCCCGGUCAAGAUUACAACAACGCUCGAGUGCUUGACUUUCAGAAUGUGUCUCAUUGGCAAGAGAAUCAAGUUGACAGAAAACGAACCGGACGCAUGGGAUGGUCCGAUAUCUCCAUCAGUCUACGCGGCCCUGUUGUAGAAGAUCUCAAGAGACAUUUUGUAGAACGCUGGAACUACAUUUAUGACACCAAGUACCGCGAACGCAAUCAGCAAAAGUACCAGAGACUGGACUUGUAUCGGAGACCCGGCGACAGUCAACUGCAGGGUAACCCCAAUCCUACCUCGCAAACACCCCAGCCACCUCAACAGGGUGCGGCUCACCCAGUGCCCCCAAAUCAAGGUCAAUUGAAUUCGGAGCCUCACUGGCAACAAGCACAUGCACAGCUACCGACACAACAGCCAGGUCAAUCAUACUACCCACCACCCGCAGGCCAAGAGCAGCAGUAUCCUGGACAACAAUAUCACACCCCGCCUCCUACACAGCAGUACUACCCGCCGACUUCUCCUAAUCAGGGGCAGCAGCUUCCGCCUCCGCCAAAUACUCAGCAGCAACAGCAGCAACCACAAUGGCAAGGUCAGUCGCAAACCGGUAGUCAUUCAUACUACCCUCCGCCGCCACCAAGUCAAGAACACCAGCAGCAGUCAUCCUAUUCUGGCUACUCAAGCACAGGAAACACUCAACCGACAGGGCAAUACUAUCCACCACCACCCCCCGCCGGCCCUACCCCAUCGCAAAUUGGCAACCCCAAUCCUGGCCAGUAUCAGAACACUCCUUCACACUCAAGUUAUGAUUCCGCACAAUAUAGCUCGCACUCAUCAAAUCCAGCACAGACACCGUAUUUUCCUCCUCCACCCGGACAAGAGCCACAACAAUCACAGACGCAGACACAGACACGGGGCCUUUACGAAGAAGACGGCACUCGAGGAAUUGGCGGUGGCUCCGGUCGAUCUACCACUGAAAACGUUCUUAGCGAUGUACGAGGCUUCGGCCAGUCCCUUCGAGGGCAAUUGGCCGGACAGGUCCAUCAGUAUCAGGACCGCUAUAUUACCAACUUCGGACGCACCUACGGCAAUCAAUCGUGUCAGGUGGUGCGAAGCGUUUCGCAAUGGAGCGGAGGUAUUCCGACGGAGCAUUCGGUCCAAGACGCGUAUAUUGGUGCUAUUCGCAACAGUCGUCACUUUGUGUAUAUUGAGAAUCAGUUUUUCAUCACAGCCACAGGUGACCAUCAAAAGCCCGUUCAGAAUAAGAUUGGCGCUGCUCUUGUAGAGCGCAUUCUUCGAGCUGCUCGUGCUGGUCAGAAGUACAAGGUUAUCGUGGUCAUUCCAUCUGUCCCGGGAUUUGCGGGCGAUUUGAGAGACGACUCGUCACUUGGUACACGUGCCAUCAUGGAGUACCAAUAUAACUCAAUCAAUAGAGGAGGGAAUAGUAUCAUGGAGCUGAUCGCCAAGGAGGGAUUCAACCCGAUGGAAUACAUUCGAUUCUACAACCUCCGCAACUACGAUCGUAUCAACACCAACAGCACCAUGCUCCAGGCGGAAAAGGCCAGCGGUGUAAACUACGAAGAUGCGCGUAAAUACCACGACGCUGCUGAAGUGGGAUAUGGUGGCUAUGGCUCUGGUACUCCUGCUAAAGGUUAUGACACUACUCAAUCGUACGAUCAGUAUCAGCAGGCAGCAAAGGCCUACCCUUCCGCAACCUCUAGCCGUUGGGACUCGGUUGCUGAAUGCUACAUGCUAGGUGGACAGGAUAUCCGCUCAGUUCCGUGGGACAGCGAUCUUCCUGAAAUUGACGCAUUCAUUACUGAGGAGCUGUAUAUUCAUAGCAAGCUUGGAACACAUGAUUCCGAAAUUGCCCUGGUGAUUGAGGAUCCUACACCACUAGAGUCCAGCAUGGAUGGCCAGCCAUUCCAGGCGAGUCGAUUUGCCGCUUCUCUUCGACGUGAAUUGUUUCGUAAACACCUGGGGUUGCUUAAACCUCAAGACUACACGCAGCCUAAUGCCAACUGCGAGCCAGUCGGAGUCCCCAAUGAGCUUGAUCUAAGUAGUCCAGAAAGCCAGGUCGUUGCCGAUCCUCUGUCUGACACGUUCCAGAGUCUAUGGAACUCACGGGCUCGGACGAACACGGAGGUUUUCCGCAAAGUAUUCAACAUUGUGCCAGAUGACUACGUCCGUAAUUGGGAUGCCUACAAGGAGUUCUUUGAGUACAACUUUCGCAAAGCGGACAUCCAAGCUGAGGGUAAGCGAAUUACGAGGCCCAGCAAGUACGAAUGGGGCCAUGUUGUUCGGGAUAACUUUGCACCUGGGCCUGAGGGGGCACAACAGGUCAAAGAGCAGUUGAGUCAGGUCAAAGGCACAUUGGUUGAGAUGCCGUUAAUGUUUUUGAUCGAGGAGGACAUUGCUAAGGAGGGCUUGACCUUGAACGCGUUGACCGAGGAGGUUUACACAUAG